AAGCAUAUUGGGAACGUGGAGCUCUUAGAAAUAUUUUAUUAUUAGCUAAUAAAAUUUUUAGUAUAAUGAAUAAAUCAGAUAUUGCAAGAAAAGAAUUACUAUAUCAAAUGAAAUUGUAUCGUAUAAGAGAAAAGCCAUUUGAUAUAUUAUAUAGUAAUUCUGAAAAUCCAAUUGUUUGGUGGAUUUCACUUGAAGAUAGUUUUCCAAAAAAUGAGGAUUAUAUUGUUCA